AUGGGCUCCCCAGCCCAGUUACCAAGCACAGUUCUCAAGCACGGUUCCCCAGCACGGUUCCCAAGCACAGCUCCCCAGCACAGUUACCAAGCACAGUUCUCAAGCACGGUUCCCCAGCACGGUUCCCCAGCACAGUUCCCCAGCACAGUUCCCCAGCACGGCUACCAAUCACGGUUCCUCAGCACGGUUCCUAAGCACGGAUACCCAGCACAGUUCCCCAGCACGGAUACCCAGCACAGUUCCCCAGCACGGAUACCCAGCGUGGAUACCCAGCCCAGUUCCCCUACACGGUUCCCUAGCACGGUUCCCCAGCAUGGUUCCCCAGCACGGAUACCCAGCACGGUUCCCCAGCACGGUUCUCAGCAGUUCCCUAGCACGGUUCCCCAGCACAGUUCCCCAGCAUGGUUCCCCAGCACGGAUACCCAGCACGGUUCCCCAGCACGGUUCCCCAGCACGGUUCCCCAGCACAGAUCCCCAGCACGGUUCCCCAGCACGGUUCUCAGCAGUUCCCUAGCACGGUUCCCCAGCACAGUUCCCCAGCAUGGUUCCCCAGCACGGAUACCCAGCAUGGUUCCCCAGCACAGAUACCCAGCACGGUUCCCCAGCACAGAUCCCCAGCACGGUUCCCCAGCACGGAUACCCAGCACGGUUCCCCAGCACGGAUACCCAGCACGGUUCCCCAGCACAGAUCCCCAGAACGGUUCCCCAGCACGGUUCCCCAGCACGGAUACCCAGCACGGUUCCCCAGCACGGAUACCCAGCACGGAUAUCCAGCACGGUUCACCAGCACGGUUCCUCAGCACGGUUCCCCAGCACAGAUACCCAGCACAGUUACCCAGCACGGUUCCCCACCACGGAUACCCAGCACGGUUCCCCAGCACAGAUCCCCAGCACGGUUCCCCAGCACGGUUCUCAGCAGUUCCCUAG